CACCAAAUCAAACCAUCAUAAGAUCAAACCAAUCCCCACUGACGAAAACCUCUCCGACUUUUUUUUUGAACGUCCAACAUAAGAAUCGCCGGGUACUCCGUACGCGGCACCCAUUGGCCGAAAGGUAGCCCGCGGCAGCCCAACCUGCACGCACGGAGCCCCUAGCCCACCAUGCCACCAGUUCCGGGGAAAACCCGACCCUGCACCCGCCCGAGGGCACGACAAUGCAAAGCCGGUAAAACCCGGGUGGAUCAGGAAUCGAACUUGAGACCUUUCGGUCAAAAGUCUUCCCUCAUUUCCAUAACCACUGAGCUAUAAGCCCAGGGUUAAAAAAACCUCUCCGACUAAAUCGCAACCAUAAAAUCACACACAAAAGGGCUUUUUCUUUUCUCCCUCACUCACUCAAAACACUUUCAAUUUCACACUUCACAACUACAAUUUCAACAUAUGAUUGCGGCAAAUUGAUCCUUCACAUGGCCAAUUUCUUAGCUCAGUUUCUGUCCAUCAAGAACUCUUGCGAACGCCUUGUCAUUGCUGUUGAAGAUGUAAGCGAUUUAUGGCCACUUGUCAAGAAGGGAUUUGAAGAAAGGGUUCCAUUCAAAAGAGCUACAUUAAACAACAAAACCCGUAAUCCCGUUUUUGUGGAUAACCUGCCAGCUGAGUUUAUACUAACAACAGAUGCAAGGCUUCGCAGUAGGUUCCCACAAGAACAAUUAUUAUUCUCGUUUCGAGAACCGUAUGCAACCGUGAUUCUCGUGACUUGUGAGGAUCUAGACGAGUUCAAGACUAUCCUAAAACCACGUCUAAAACUGAUCACGCAAAAUGAUGAGCGAGAGUGGUUUAUUGUGUUUGUGUCCCGGGCCCCACCCCACAAUGAUCAAGCAACGAAAUUGGCGAAAAAAGUUUAUGCCAGACUUGAAGUUGAUUUUAGUUCAAAGAAGCGGGAAAGGUGCUGUAAACUGGAUAUAAAUGGACCAGAAGCAAGUUUUUGGGAAGAUUUGGAAUCCAAAAUUACUGAGUGUGUUAGAAACACUCUUGAUAGGCGUAUUCAGUUUUAUGAGGAGGAAAUUCGUAAGCUUAGUGAACAACGUUUUAAGCCUGUUUGGAGCUUUUGUAACUUUUUUAUUCUGAAGGAAAGCUUGGCGUUCAUGUUUGAGAUGUCUCAUCUUCAUGAGGAUUCUUUACGGGAAUAUGAUGAACUAGAGCUCUGCUAUUUGGAAACAGUUAACAUAGCAGGCAAACAAAGGGAUUUCGGAGGAAUGGAACAUGGAGAUGAUCAGGCUGCACUAUUAAAUCCCCAAAAAAAACCGUUAACACAGAUUGUUCAAGAUGACUCCUUUAGGGAGUUUGAAUUUCGACAAUAUCUGUUUGCUUGUCAAGCAAAGCUAUUGUUCAAGCUAAAUCGUCCAUUUGAGGUUGCAUCAAGGGGAUAUUCAUUUGUAAUUAGCUUUUCAAAAGCACUGGCCCUUCAUGAGAGCAUGAUACCCUUUUGUUUACGGGAAGUUUGGAUUAUCACUUCUUGCUUGAGUUUAGCCGAUGCAACAGCUGCUCGUUAUAGUAACGGACUUGUGGGACCUGAUAUUGAAAGAGAAUAUUAUCGUGUACGGGGGGAAUUAUAUUCUCUUUGUCGAGCUAAGUUCAUGAGGCUUGCAUAUUUACUCGGUUAUGGAUCCGCUAUAGAAAGAAGCCCCGUCAACAGUGCUUCACUUAGCAUGCUUCCGUGGCCUAAACCGGCAAUCUGGCCUUCGGUUCCCGCUGAUGCAUCAUCUGAAGUUCUUGCUAAAGAAAAGAUGCUUCUUCAAGUUACACCGAGAGUCAAGCAUUUUGGUAUUCAGAGAAAACCAUUACCACUUGAGCCUACUUUUCUCCUGAGAGAGGCUAAUCGUCGAAGAGCUUCUCUUUCUGUUGGAAAUGCGUCGGAAAUAUUUGAUGGACGGACAGCUUCGAUUGAUGGCUCAGGUUCAGCUGCUGCCAUGUCACGAACCAAUUCGACGCCUGGAAACUUCGAGAGCUCGAUCGAUCGCCCUAUGAAACUUGCGGAAAUCAUCGUUGCUGCUGAACAUGCUCUCCAGAAAACGAUUUCUGAUCCCAGUUUAUGGGCAUCGUUUUCAUCUUUAGAUGAAUUCGAGCAAAAAUAUCUGGAACUGUCUAAAUCGGCCGCAGAAAAUUACCACAACUCGUGGUGGAAACGACAUGGGGUUGUUCUCGAUGGAGAAAUUGCUGCUGUUUGUUUUAAACAUGGAGAUUAUGAUUUAGCUGCAAAAUCAUACGAGAAAGUUUGCGCGCUUUAUUCUAGUGAAGGAUGGGAGGAUUUAUUAGCUGAUGUCCUUCCUAAUCUAGCCGAGUGUCAGAAAAUACUUAACGAUCAAGCUGGCUACUUAUCAUCCUGUAUCAGAUUACUCUCUCUUGAUAAGGGUUUGUUUUUAUCGAAAGAACGCCAGGCGUUUCAAUCUGAAGUUGUUCGUCUCGCACAUGGCGAAAUGGAGCACCCCGUGCCGUUAGAUGUGUCGUCGUUGAUUACGUUUUCCGGUAAUUCCGGACCACCUUUGGAGUUAUGUGACGGUGAUCCUGGAAUCUUGUCGGUAAUUUUGUGGAGUGGAUUUCCCGAUGACAUCACGCUCGAAUCACUCAGCCUGACGUUGAAUGCUACCAGUAAUGCCGAUGAAGGGGUUAAGGCGAUCAGGAGCUCAGGUGCCACGAUACUAAACCCCGGUAGAAACACAAUCACGCUUUCUUUGCCCCCUCAGAAAACCGGUUCGUACGUGUUAGGUGUUCUCACAGGGCAAAUCGGUCAUUUACGGUUCAGGUCUCAUCGUUUUGCUAGAGGUGGACCCGCAGAAAGUGACGAUCUCAUGAGUUAUGAGAAACCAACUAGACCAAUCCUGAAGGUACACAAACCAAGGGCUCUUGUUGAUCUUGCUGCAGCGGUUUCAUCCGCGUUAUUAAUGAAUGAGCCACAGUGGCUUGGAAUAAUCGUAAAACCGAUUAAUUAUUCCCUCAAGGGAGCGGUUCUGCACAUUGAUACGGGUCCCGGGUUGAAGAUUGAAGAAUCACAGCCCAUUGAAAUGGAGAUGUAUACGUAUACAGAUACAUCAAAAAGUGCUAAUGGACUAAAUGAUAAAAAUAAUACUUCUACUGAUAUGGAAACACAACUAAAUUUGAAAGAUGGUAGCCUAGAGUUACCAGGUUGGGCAAGCGAUAUAACGAGCGUUUUAUGGGUGCCUGUUCGUGCCAUUAACGAUGGAUUAGCAAGAGGAACAUCUGCAGGGACGGUUUCUCCUGAAAGACCAAGUGUAGUGGAUGGAUUAAGAACGGUAGCUUUAAAACUUGAAUUUGGAGUAUCACAUAACCAGAGUUUUGAUCAAACUAUAGCUGUUCAUUUUACCAACCCGUUCCACGUCAGCACACGUGUGGCAGACAAGUGCAGUGAUGGCACUUUGCUUUUGCAGGUCAUACUACACUCACAAGUGAAGGCAUGUUUAACCAUACACGAUGCUUGGUUAGAUCUACAAGAUGGUUUUGUUCAUACUGGUCAAACCGAUUGUAGACCAACAUCUGCUUUCUUUCCUCUUGUAGUUCCAUCAUCUUCUAAAGCUGGAAUCUUGUUCAGUAUAUCCUUAAAAACUACAAUCACCGAAGAGGAAGUUAAAGCGAUGAAUCCCGAUUCUAUAUUAAACAUUAGAUACAAAAUUGACGGGAACAGAAAUCUUGGAUCGCAUACUCCUAUGUCUGUGGGAACCAAUGGAUCUGAGGAUGAUGUCACACAGUUGUUGACAUUCAAGAGUGCGAUUGUCUUACAACGGCCUGUUCUAGAACCUUGUUUAGCAGUUGGCUUUCUUCCUCUCCCUUCAGGCGGUCUUCGAGUCGGGCAGCUUUUUACAAUGAAGUGGCGAGUUGAACGAUUAAAAUAUCUUGAAGAGGAAAACAAGCAGGAUGAAGUACAAUAUGAAGUGAAUGCAAGUUCUGAGCAUUGGAUGAUCGCCGGGAGAAAGCAAGGUCACGUGCCUCUCUCAAUAAAACAAGGUUCAAGAAUUGAGAUAUCAAUACUAUGUGUCCCACUAACGGCUGGAUAUGUUCGGCCGCCACAACUGGAACUACCAAACAUCGGUGAGGCGAAUAUAAGUUGUAACCCGGCAGGACCCCAUUUGGUUUGCGUCUUUCCUCCACCCCUGAGCUCCUCUUAUUGCAUUCCGGCCUCAUAAAUUACACGACUUUUGGUCACCGGUGACCAGAGAUUGGUAUAGAGUUGAAAAUGGCGAGAGUUUUGUAGCAUUUUCAAGACUGUUUUCGUUCGAAUUAAGGGGUGGCGAUGAUAGGUUAGGUCACAUGCAUUGGUGCAUAUACAGAUGGGAUAGUGGCAUCAUAGUGAAACUUCACAUAAUGACUUUAGAUAUAAAGUGUUGUUAUCCCUUGGUGUGUUAUAUGUUUAUUGAUCCCCAACUUUGUAUCCUUGUUAUGAUUUGCGUGUCUAUGUAUUACUAAAUAUAUAUAUUUUUCUUUUUUGUGUUU